AUUAGGAGCACGCUAUGUCACCGCGUGAUAAAUCGUCGUCGUCGUGAGAGGAGGUGGAGGAGGAGAAGAAGGCGCGCGAGGAGAAAUGUCCUUUAAUGAUAAUUCGAGUGAGAAGGCGGUUCUGUGAGUGCGGGGCGGCCAAUGGCAGGGCAGAGCGUGCGCGGCCUCGGCCAAUGGGAAGCGAGUGUUGAGUUGGCGGUGGGGCGCAUUCGGCCGGUUUUUAUUUAUUAUUCGGGUGCGAGCGCAAACGGAACGGAGGUGUGUUUCGGUACGGAUGUCAUUCGCGGACGAGAUGCGCACAGCUCAAUGAAUGGCAACAGCGUGAUACGAUUGUUGUUCAGGCCGGCUCAGGUGUAGGCGGCGUAUUAUUGUUGUUGUUGUUGUAAGUGAAGUAAAGUUAGUUGUUUGGUGUUAUGGAUUCGGGCAGCGAUCGCAGCAGCCACUCGGGCGGAUCUCCCGGCCAGGACACGAUGAAAGCAUCUCCGUCAAGCAGUCCGGUGUCGCUGACACGACCGCCUUCCAGUCCGCCGGCGCCGCCCGCGGUCAGCACGCCACAGGGCAUGGCCCCUCGCUGCCUGCCACUGCCGCCCCCGGGCCUCGGCCUACUCAACACCCUGGGCGGCAUGGUGCACCACUCUCCACUCGACCUGAUGGCAGUCGCCCACCACCACGCGCCUCCGCGCUCCUACAGCAGUCCGCCUCCCAUCUCAACGUCCGACCCGACCGCCAACGAGUGCAAGCUGGUCGACUACCGCGGUCAGAAGGUGGCUGCCUUCAUCAUCGCCGGCGACACGAUGCUCUGCUUGCCGCAGGCGUUCGAGCUCUUCCUGAAGCACCUGGUCGGUGGGCUGCACACUGUCUACACCAAGCUCAAACGCCUCGACAUCGUGCCUCUCGUCUGCAACGUGGAGCAGGUUCGCAUCCUGCGUGGCCUCGGAGCCAUCCAGCCCGGCGUCAACCGCUGCAAGCUGCUCUCCUGCAAGGACUUCGAUGUCCUCUAUCGUGACUGCACCACUGCCAGGUGUCUCAUGACCCACAAAUCUUCUACUGACAGGUACGUGUGUCAAACAUCGACAGGGUCUUUAUAUUAUACCAAUUCAGGCUCAAUCGAGCACAGAAGCUCCAGACCCGGGCGGCCCCCGAAGAGAGCCCCCUCCGUCGGCCUCUCACUCGCCGCCAGCCACCUCAGCCACCAGCUCAAGAAGCACCGCCUCGAGAACGGCGACUACCCCUACCCCGAGAACGGACAUCUUAACGAGCCUCCCCGGCUGGAGAAGUCGCCACUGCUAGCGAAUGGGUACAACCACCCUCCCCACCUCAACCACAUGCAGUUCCUGCAUCACCCCGGGUCGGCGCACACCGCCAUCCAACCUGGCCUGCCACCCCAUCACGGCAUCCCCCGGCCCGACGGCUCUAUCAUCAAGGGACAGACCAUGCCUGGCAUCGAUGCUUUAGCUAGAUCUGGAGUUUGGGAAAACUGCCGUGCUGCCUACGAAGAUAUCGUGAAACACCUUGAAAGGCUACGGGAAGAGAGGGGAGAGGCCGAGCGAGCACUUGCGCUGGACCACAAAGUUCGAGAUCUCAGUUCACACAACGGUUCAUCGAACGGUCAGAGUCCAGUGCUGAACCUGAGCAAAAGCGGUGGUGGAGGCGGGGGAGGCGGUGACCAAGAUGGCGUCCACUCGGGCAGUGAGGCGGGCGAAGCGGCCACUCACGACGAUGAUGACGACGAUGAAGACAACCUUAGUGACGUCGAUGAUGACGAUGACAAGGACCAAGGUGACCUAAGCGACGUGGGAGAGACGGGAGGGGGAGGAGGCAGUGCCGGUGGCAGUGUUUCCCCUCACGCCCUCAACUACUCCACACUGGGCGCACCUCCCGACGCACAAGGCAUCUCCUCAACAGAAACCCUCCUCAGGAAUAUCCAAGGCCUCCUCAAGGUGGCAGCCGACAAUGCACGCCAGCAGGAGAGGCAGAUCAACUACGAAAAAGCUGAGUUGAAAAUGGACGUGUUGAGGGAGCGAGAAGUCAAAGACAGUCUCGAGAGGCAACUGUUGGACGAACAGAAGAUCAGAGUUCUAUACCAGAAAAGGCUAAAGAAAGAGAGAAAAGCAAGAAGACGACUCCAGGAUCAACUGGAGCUCGAAAUGAAGCGCAGAGCACAACUGGAAGAAGCGCUAAAAGCUUCUGGAGCUCCUCCUGAAGCUCUCAGGAUCCUUUCAGAUUUCCUGACGCCAGAAAGUACGGGGUCAACGACGGAGCAGCCGACACAAGCACAGAGCGGCGGAGGCGGCAGCCAGACGACAGGAGGCGGCGCCAGUGGAGGAGGCACAGCGUCCGGAGGCAGCACGGCCAACAGUGGAGCCACCAGCGGUGGAAACGGAGGCAGCAGUGCUGGGGGCGGCAGUCGGGUGUCACAAGGCAGCGACUCGUCCGACAGUCCGGCCUCCUACGCCCCCCAACGGCCUCCGGGCGCCACCCCCACCUCUGCACCCGAAGACAAUAAGCAGCAGUGGAACUACUCAGGACUCGACCUCAUCAAUUCCGGCGCUGCCUUUUGGCAAAACUACUCUGAGUCACUUGCCCAAGAGCUCGAACUGGAAAGGAAAUCGAGACAACAGCAACAUGCUGAACGGGAUGUCAAGUCACCACUACAAGAGUCACGAGCUGGUUACUACAAGAACUCAGUGCUAUUCAGCAGUGCCACCUAGACCUGUCCGCUUCCUGGCGACAGGAUGGAGUGGCGACAAGCUACUCAUUACAAAUAAAUCAGCUGAGUGGCCUUCUCAGCCAAAUGGAUCUCAAUGGUACACUACCGCAUUCUAAUAUUCUACUAGUAGAACACGGCUCUACUUGGUCUAUUCAUUAAAUAGAGUGUAAUUAAAUGAAAAAUAGUAAAACAAAAAACACCAGUGACGACCGGCCAAGUGUAUAGAUUAAAUCGAACAGUGAGUGAUUGAUUCAUGAGUAGAAAUCAUAGAUUUCUAUGUGACAUUUGUACAGAACUUUGCCCAUCACAUCAUCGAAGAGUGAUCAAGAGACUCAAUAUCCUGCCGGUGAGUGUGACUGUGCGAAAAAUACCCGUCGAUAUUAUUCAUGAGAACUCACGAUAACGACGAAACAUUAGUCUCGCUGAAUAGCUAGUUGCUGAUUAUGUAAGUAAGAAAUUGAAUAUAGCGUUAUACUGUUAUCUCCCGUCCUAAGCGAUUAAUUACUAUAAUUAGUCAUCAUCCUCUAUUAUUGUAUAUUUUAAGUGACAUAAAUCGAUUAUUUAGUUAUGACUUGAUUUGUUCAAGUUGAACAUGAGAGAAAGCGUAUUUAUCAAAAAACGUGCUACAAAAGUUAUCAUCACAUUUCUCUAAUGAGAUAAUUGUCAAUAGAUAAAGCUUCAAAUAAUUCCAUUGAUGAAGCUUUGUGGAUUUUUCGCAAAACGAAUGAGAAUAGUAUGUAUAAAAUCACUCCUCCCGAUGAAUGUUCAGAUUGAAAAUAUUUGUAUGAGGGUAGUGCUACUUCCAAAAUUAGGUGGAUGACUGAUUGCAGAUCAUUCUCGAUUUUCAUUUUUUUACAACUCUGUAAAUAUUCAAAUAUCAGUCAAAAAACUAAUCAUUACCGAAUUCACCCCACCACCUCUUAAAAUAUUAUCUGAAAUGUCAAUAUAUUCAUCUAUAUUCAUUAGUUCGUUUGUUCUGUUGAUAAAUGCCAUAAAAUUUUGGGAGAACAAUAUUCUUCUUGUUGAUCCUUAGUUUCAAUAAAUUUGAAUAGAAUAAUGCAUAUUCGAGUUAGCGGUAAACCAAUAUUUUGAUUUAUUGUUGUGAUAAUAUCAUAAAAAAGUAUUAAACACCCGUUAGAUGACGACAGAAACAGAGCUUCCUUGAAGUGAGCAAUAUCUGGGAAUAAUCCACGCGACAUUAUGCAUUUCCUAGACCCCCCCUCCUUGUGAUUAUUUUUAUCCCCUUUGAAUGGUAGGCGCAUCAGGGAGAGCAUAACACGUACUUGGUAAGUUUUUUACAUGCGACUAGUCUGUUGGAAAACAACCAGUAUGGCCUGCAUCAAAGCUGAAAAGGACAUUUGUUCUCACACAUUGUUGCCACAUUUGUUGUGUGUAUGCACGCGUUCGCCAAGAAAGAAAAUCAUAAUUGUAUGUGCAAGGAUGGACAUGUCAUAUGGACCAAUAGCGUGUCAGCUACGAUCAAUGAUCAUGGUCCAGUGCACAAGUCCAUAGCCAUCAUUACAAAGCCUACGCAUGGUCACCCCUCACCUCUCAUUGAUCACUGAUCAACCACGGAAUGACUGCUCGACAAUGCAGGUCGUUUAUGGAGCACACAAGUUGCAUGUGGAGCACACAUCUUCUAACACCUAUGUACGUAACCUGAGUGGACAUCUAUUUUCCAUAUUCGCAAUGAGUUUGUAGUCUAGUAGACUCUCUAGGCACAACUCAACUGUCUUUGAGAGACAGAAAUCAAUUUUGAAUAUUAUUUAUCGUAAUGGAAAAAAAUAAAUUUAUUGUCAAAAAUAUAAAACAUUACCAUGUAUAAACAUUUCUUCAAAAAUGAAUGAGUACCGCAGCUGUAUAUAAGAAAUGAAAUAUUAUAGUCAUGAACAUUCCAAGAAUUGAUUGAGAAAUAAUGUUAAGUGCUGGAAACACUUGACGCAUUAUGAUGAUUCAUAAUGGAAUACUAUUUUUGAUAUUUUCGCUUUCUCUCUUCAUCUCUCCUAUAAUUUUAGUUUUCAAACAGAAUAGUGUUCUAAAAUCACAUGAUAUACCUUUCUUGAUAUGAAUAGUAUUUUUCUGUGGAUUUAACAAUGUUUUCCUAUAAUUAUACUUAAAUUCUCAAAUUUAAAAAAUUAUUAUUGCAAGAAAAUGGAUGAUGGUGUAGUACAAAUGUACUUAAAAUUUUCGUGAUAAUUGUAAACAGUAUCGUUUUUAAGCCUAGUUGAAAAAUUGGUGAGAGUGGAUUUGAUGUAUUGAGAUACUCAAUUAUAGAGCAAGUGUUUUAGAGGAAACUUCAUUAGAUAGUAUGAUCUGGUGUGAUGUUUUAUUAUUUGAAUUGGAAUGUGAACAAUAAAAUUGUUAAUGUUUUAUUUCAAUAUUUACCAUAACUUAUCAAUAUUUAAACUGAUAGCUCACGAUCCUUUAUUGAAAUACCUUCUAAAUUCUGAAUGGAAUUUUUAACUUUGAGUGCUAUCUAAUGAGAAAUUUUGUUUAAGAUAAUUGAAAUAACGCUUCUCUCCAUUCAAAUAAUAAGUUGAGAAUAUGAUGUCUCAUCGAAAACGACAAUGAGAUUGUCUUUCAUUAUAUCUAUAUGGAGCAACCAUAAAUAAUGUGAAAUUUUGAAUAACUUAUCAGAGAAGUAUUAUUUAAACCCAACAAGUAUUAUGUGAAUUGUUAAGUUCCUCUCAAAUGAAACAGUGCUCUGUUAUGAGUUUUCAAAGUCUGAUGAAACUUGCUUUUUCUCUUGAGUUCCUACGUAUUCAUCGACAAGUUUUGCGUUUUGAAAAUUCGUUACAUUUUUGGGAAACAUUUCGGUAAUCACUAUCCCAUUGAAACUGCAUUGUCAUUUCAAAAAAGUUAUCAGUUGAAAUUACUCAGGCCAACAAGAAAGUAGAUGAAUGAAAAUUAUUGUUGAAAGUUCCACUUGUCAAUUUUUAAAAUAGAUAUUGUUAUGUAAUUGAUGUGGAUGAAAUUCUAGUUUCAUUGAAUGAACUAUUUUUCAGAUUCAUAUAGUUAAUGAGAAAAGUCAUACUUUUAAGGCUGUUAAUAUAUAAGUAUUUAUUAUUAGUCUAUUAUACGUUCAAUCAUUAUAAUUAUUCUUCUUAUCGCGAUGUAUUAUGGUUAUCUUACUUAUUAUCAUCAUCAAAAAUACUACUCUGAAUAUAUUUUGAUAAUAUGUGAUCUGGAACAUCUCUGUAUGAAGUACAAGCAUCAUCUCUGCGUUUCUAAAGUAUUUUAUUUUGAUUGAGAUUUGAAAAUUCUUUACAGGUCAACUGAGUUCUAUCUUUAAAUGCUACACAAAGUUUAUUCCAUUCUAUUUUGGUUACAAAUACACAUUCUAGCUGUUUAUAUAGGAUAGCAUCAAUAUAAGAAGAUUGAAUUUGUUUACUAUGGUACUUUAGAAAAUGUUUUGUUUACUAUUGAAUUCAAUCUUAUUUUAUAACUCAACUGACUUCUACAAAAUGUGAAACCAUUUCAUUUUAAAAACAAUAAUUCUAACGUACAAUCAAGUUCAACCUGUUAUUUGUACUGAAUAUAUUAUAAAAGCCUAAAAUAAACGUUGUGAUUAUUCAUUUGGUGUUUGUUUGAGAACGGAAAUAAUGAAAGUUAGUUGAAAGAUUAUUCUUCUGAAGAACGACUAUUUCAAAGUGGUUCACAAUAAUAAAGUCAACUAGGCCUCUGUAUUUUAAAUGUAUAAUAUUUAUUUCCUUUGUCAAUUCACCACAAGCUGGUUUACUUCAUGAUACAUGAGCUGGCACUUGUUGGUCACUUCAUUGGAUCUGGAUUUUAAUAAUAUUCUUGCCUAAAAUAUUGCUAAAGGCCUCUUUAAUUAUUUGAAUGGGUUGAGUCAAGAAGCCUAAAUACUUGAGAAUGCGUUUGAACUGAAACUUUGGUUGGCUUUUCGAUUUUUUUGCUCAUUAUACAGGCCAUGAGUGCUAGAGAAGUACAAAUAACAGGUUCUCAGUUGAUGAACUCUUCCAUUAUUUAUAGAUCCUUGAAUUCCAUUGUAAAAAAUUGAUAAUGAUGAGUGAGAAGCUCUAUCCAUUCAUCUGCAUGAAUAACUUAACCAAAGUUGUAUAUGUUUCUUUUUCUAAAGCAUAGUGACCUGUAUGAAUAAAUGCCAGUUAUUUGUAAAUAGCACAGCAGUUGAAACAUUAUAUUAUGCCACAUUGUGUAGAGCUACUAAGUAGGUGGUUAAUCCAAAUCUGUGUUUUUCGAAAAAAAUAUAUGAUGAAAAAACAUUUUUUCCACUGUGUAUUAAUACAAAUCUAGCUCUGUAAAAUGUAAUAAUGUAUUAAACUUAAUUUUAUGUCA